CUCCGAAAAGAGUGUCAGUGUCAAUGUCGUCACAUUCACUUUACAUCUGAGCUCAUUUUAGUCUAUCGAACUCCCACUUCUAUCAAGAUGCAUCAGAUGUUUCCCAACCCCAUCGAGCUGUUCGUGGACCAGGCAGUCCAGCCUAUAAUAGACUCCCUGGCCUAUCUUCUCAAGGAGGUCCACUAUUUUGCGUUCAUAGCAGCUGUCGCCCUUCUUGGGAUCUUUCUGGGACUGGUUUUCGGCUUCAUAUGCGUCAUUUGGUACAAGUCCACACGUAAUGAGAAGACUGAGAAAAAGGUCUUCAAAUCGGAAGAAGGCGAGGCCGGCGAUUUGAAGAAGAAAGCCUGAAUUGCUGAUUCAACUUUAAGCCAAUUGUGUGUUUAUGCAGUCUUAUAAAGGAGAACUUGAGUUCAGAUA